ACCGGUUAAUAAAGCCCCGAAACUUCGACUCGUCAUCGCCUCCGGCGGCGCCGCCCUCCGCCGCGCGGCCAGCUCUCUCAUCUGUCACCGUCGCGGCCGAGGCGAAGUCGGGCCUGAGCUGGCGGUGCUCUCUCCAUCCAUGGCCCCUCUUUCUCGUCUUGCCUCAAGUAAGAAGAUUAGGUCGAUCUGUGGAGCAGUCUCUUCUUAUCGGUGUUUAGAAUCCUCUCGUUGCUGUCCCCCAAGGACUUCUUGGACGGGAUUCAGUGAUGGAUAUUGCUCGAUGCCAGUGUUAUUUAUACAAAGAUUCACAAUGGUUUCUCAUUUUUCUAUGUGUUCGUGUCCACAUCAGAGAGAAUACAAGACCAUCUCAUUUUCAAUGCCCACUGCCAUGUCUUCUUUGACAGUUCAAAGAUCAGUUACAUAUAAAUUAUUUGGCCUUCAAAGGUGGCAACCUGUUAGAUUUAGAAGCAAUGCGUUAGUGACGCUGGAUACAGAUGAUAAUGUAGCUAGAUUUUCGCUUAAAGAACCAAGUGCCAGACCACGAGCUCAGACAAAGGGAAUGAAAAAGCCUAAGCGUCAGAAAAUGUCCAGGAAAGCAAAACUAAAUGAGCUCAAGUGGUACCGCUUGAAGGCAAAAAAGAAGUUGAAAUCUCCAAAUCCUGAAGUUAGGAUUAGAUACAAACUUGAAAAGGCUAAAAGGAAAGAAGAAUGGCUGAUUGAGAAACUGAGGAAAUAUGAGAUUCCGAAAGUUCCAGGACCUGAAUAUGAUCCCGAAAUCCUUACCGAAGAAGAGCGGUUCUACCUCAAACGUACUGGUGAAAAGAAGAAAAAUUAUGUCCCUGUUGGGAGACGAGGAGUAUUUGGUGGCGUGGUUCUCAACAUGCAUCUCCACUGGAAGAAACAUGAAACCGUGAAAGUAGUCUGCAAGCCUUGCAGACCUGGCCAGGUUCAUGAAUAUGCUGAGGAGCUGGCAAGACUCAGCAAAGGCACUGUGAUUGAUAUAAAACCUAAUAACAUUGUAAUAUUUUAUCGUGGAAAGAACUACGUGCAACCAGAAGUUAUGUCACCUCCUGACACGCUUUCUAAGCAGAAGGCCCUGGAGAAAUAUAGAUUUGAGCAAUCUCUUGAACACACCAGCCAGUAUAUUGAGAAGCUGGAAAAAGAGCUAGAAGAGUAUCAAAAGCAUGUUGCCUUGUAUAAAAAGCGUGAAGAAACUACUGCCGGAAACUCCAUGAACAAUCACUUGAGAGAAGGUUCCCACCCAUUCGAGUGAGCUGAAGACACUGCACUUAUGGUAGGAUUGCUGAUCACCACUACCACCAAAAGAGAGAGUAAAGAUCCUGGUCUGUCCAAGCGGAUAUAAAUUUCCUCAUUUGAUAUGAACUGCCAGCUUGAUAAGUUGUUGCAGUUUUCUAGGAGACUUAAAAAAUUAAUUCAAACUCCAACAAUGUUGUAGAUAAUGUUAAAUAAAUAUGAUAUUGUUAUUUUG